AUGAAAAUGGAGGAAAUGUCUUUGUCUGGCCUGGAUAACAGCAAACUAGAGGCCAUCGCUCAGGAGAUAUACGCGGACCUGGUCGAGGAUUCUUGUUUGGGAUUCUGCUUUGAGGUACACCGGGCUGUCAAGUGUGGCUACUUCUUCCUGGACGACACGGACCCUGAUAGCAUGAAGGAUUUUGAGAUCGUGGACCAGCCGGGGUUGGACAUCUUUGGACAGGUUUUCAACCAGUGGAAGAGCAAGGAGUGUGUUUGCCCCAAUUGCAGCCGCAGCAUUGCCGCCUCCCGCUUUGCUCCACAUCUGGAGAAGUGCCUGGGAAUGGGCCGGAACAGCAGCCGGAUCGCCAACCGCCGGAUUGCCAACAGCAACAAUAUGAACAAGUCGGAGAGUGACCAAGAGGAUAAUGACGACAUCAAUGACAAUGACUGGUCGUACGGCUCAGAGAAGAAAGCCAAGAAGAGGAAAUCAGACAAGCUAUGGUAUCUCCCAUUCCAGAACCCCAAUUCCCCUCGAAGAUCCAAGUCUUUAAAACACAAAAAUGGGGAACUUAGCAAUUCGGAUCCUUUUAAGUAUAACAACUCAACUGGGAUCAGCUACGAGACCCUGGGGCCGGAGGAGCUGCGUAGCCUGCUCACCACGCAAUGUGGGGUGAUUUCUGAACACACCAAGAAGAUGUGCACAAGGUCCCUGCGCUGCCCCCAGCACACAGAUGAGCAGCGGCGAGCCGUGCGGAUUUACUUCCUCGGACCCUCAGCCGUCCUUCCAGAGGUCGAGAGUUCCCUGGAUAACGACAGCUUUGACAUGACUGACAGCCAGGCCCUGAUCAGCCGGCUUCAGUGGGACGGCUCCUCUGAUCUCUCACCCUCUGAUUCGGGCUCCUCCAAGACGAGUGAGAAUCAGGGAUGGGGUCUAGGUACCAACAGCUCAGAGUCACGGAAAACCAAGAAAAAGAAAUCCCAUCUGAGCCUGGUAGGGACUGCCUCCAGCCUAGGCUCCAACAAGAAGAAGAAGCCAAAGCCACCGGCACCCCCAACGCCCAGCAUCUACGAUGACAUCAACUGA